CGUAUUUUGGAGCGACCCCGAGCCGUGCCAGCCCCAGGAAAAUCAAGCCAUGGAGCCGGGCGCUUCCAGCACGUCCCUGGCCGAUCCCGGCGGGGAUCCCGAGCGGAACGUGUCCCGGAUCUGCGGCGUCUGCGGGGACAAAGCCACCGGCUUCCACUUCAACGCCAUGACCUGCGAGGGCUGCAAGGGCUUCUUCAGGAGGAGCAUGAAGAGGAAGGCCAUGUUCACCUGUCCCUUCAGCGGGGACUGCCACAUCACCAAGGACAACCGGCGGCACUGCCAGGCCUGCCGGCUCAAGCGCUGCCUGGACAUCGGCAUGAUGAAGGAAUUCAUCCUGACGGACGAAGAGGUGCAGAGGAAGCGGGAGAUGAUCCUGAAGAGGAAGGAGGAGGAAGCACUGAAGGAAAGCCUCAAGCCCAAAGUCUCAGAGGAGCAGCAGAAAGUCAUCGACAUCCUGCUCGAGGCCCAUCGCAAAACCUACGACCCCACCUAUGCUGACUUCACCAAAUUUCGGCCCCCUGUGAGGAGCAACCCCAGCAGCAGAGGGGCCACGAAAUCCUCGUCCCUCCUCACCCAGGACCUGUCCUCGGAGGAUUCCUCGGAUCUCUUCAGCUUUGGCACAUUCCCAGAUUCUGCGGAGCCGGCGCCGUUUCCCAACCUGGCACUGCCGGAGGAGCAGGACGAGAGCUCCUCCAUGAACCUGGAAUUCUCACAGCUCUCCAUGCUUCCACACCUGGCUGACCUGGUCAGCUACAGCAUCCAGAAGGUGAUCGGCUUUGCCAAGAUGAUCCCGGGAUUCAGGGAUCUGUCUGCAGAGGACCAGAUCGUGCUGCUCAAGUGCAGCGCCAUCGAGGUGAUCAUGCUGCGCUCCAACCAGUCCUUCACCCUCGAGGACAUGUCCUGGACCUGCGGCAGCAACGACUUCAAGUACAGGGUCAGCGAUGUCACCCAGGCCGGGCACAGCAUGGACCUGCUGGAGCCGCUGGUGAAAUUCCAGGUGGGGCUGAAGAAGCUGAACCUGCAUGAGGAGGAGCAUGUGCUGCUCAUGGCCAUCUGCAUCCUGUCCCCAGACCGGCCGGGCGUGCAGGAGCCGCUGCGGGUGGAGGCGCUGCAGGAGCGGCUCUCGGAGGUGCUGCAGAGCUACAUCCGCGCCCGGCACCCGCCGCCCGGCAGCCGCCUGCUCUACGCCAAGAUGAUCCAGAAGCUGGCGGACCUGCGCAGCCUGAACGAGGAGCACUCGCGGCAGUACCGCUGUCUGUCCUUCCAGCCCGAGCACAGCAUGCAGCUCACGCCGCUCGUGCUCGAGGUGUUCGGCAACGAGAUCUCCUGAGCGCCGGGAG